UUUUUACAUUUCUCGUGAUUAGUUUUGCGCCACGCGAAGCGCGAUCGGUCGAGUCGAGUCGUGUCGAGUCGAGUGCUCUUUCUGCAACUAGACCAUAAAUUGCAAAUAUUUAACCAAAACCGGUUGGGGUCGAAACGAGUUCUCUAUUAUUUGGCCAAAUACGAUAUUGAGAGCUGCGGCGUGUCCAAAGUUUUAGAACAAAACUGUUGCUUUUGGUACAAUCUUCGUUGGUUUUGGUAAAAGGAAGCGGUAUUGGCUGCUGCCAUAAAUCAUUGACCCAUCGGAAUCUAGUGAUUUAGCUUAGUGAAGGUGUGGCGAGCAUUUAAAAAUAAUCUCACUUGCUGUAGUCUGUCCUCGAACGGCCGAUAGGGAAUUGCGUGCUGCUAUCUGUUGCUAGUAAAGAGUUGACCUCCUAUUUCGGUGGGGCGGUCCUUCGGUGCUGAAAUUUUCCGCUAUUCUGGAUGUAGUAGUGAUCGAGCGGUGAGAGAGUGCUAGUGGAAGAAAGCACACGUGAAAGUGUAACGAAAUAGGAGUAAAACGUGUUGGUGCAAAAAAAUCUUCAACCAAGCUGUAGGCCCAUCUGUAACGAAAAUGAAGCUGAAGAUUUCCACAAGUGUUUGAAUGAUUGAAGCACGCGAUAAGGGUGAAAAGUGAUAAAGAAUAUCAGAAGUGAAUACAUAUAGAAAAGCUGUAGUUCGAAGAAUUAAGUGAGAAGUGAAGUGAAUAAAAAUGAGCCGGCGCGAUAACAACGUGAGGAAACUGUCCUUUCUUGGUUUCAAUACAAAAGAGACGAGCAACGAUGACCCGGACACGGUGCAGCUGGAUGAUGAAAUGGAAAAGGUGUUCGGUUCGGUCGGUACCGACAAGGAAAAGUUCGAACUAAAACGACUCAAGGACGAUGUGCUGGUCGAUAACUCGCCCCUAAAGUACGACGAUACGCCGCACCGCACAGCAGACCAGCGACCGCUACUGAAAGCAUCCAACCAACGCCCGAUGGACGGCACAGCGGAUCCGGCUGGCAAUAACAAUGGCUCGCCGCCAACAACUUCCCCGACCAGUCCGAUAUCAUUGUCCUCGAAGAGCGGAAUCACCACCAAAGCGUCCUACGAUACCACCCUGGCGGACAAUUCGUCCAAUGAUUUUAGCGAAACUGUCCAUGACGAACCGCUGGUGGACCACGGGACGCUGCAGGGGGAACAAUGGGAUUCGAAUGCAAGACGAAAUGUUCGCUUUGAUAGCAAAGAUCGGGACACCCAGUUUGAGGGAUUGCAGAUUGAGGACAGCAAUGAAGAACGCAGACGACGUACGGAACGUCACCAUCAUCACAAGUCGAGAAAAUUCUCUCUGCAAGAAUACCACCCCGAAUGGAGACGCACUAGUGGUGCCGAAGGAAUAAAUUCCAACACUAGACGUGUUUCUGUGCAACCGGAGGACGCAGCACUGCAGGAGGCUGACAUCGAUGAGUUAACGUCGCAUCGUUCGGAUGACCCACGGGCGCUUCGCCGUCAUAAGGUGAGCGCCCAAUCACAACAGAGUGGACCCUCGGUGGUUAACAUAAACCGGAAGGAGGGAGAUAAACUGCACCAGCUUAUUCCGCCUAAUAAGUUCAAAAAGAUGUACGAUCACAGCCCUCACGAAGUGUUUGUUCAGCUGGAUGAGUUAACCGGAGCCGGUGAGGAGCGCGAGUGGAAGGAAACGGCCCGUUGGAUCAAGUAUGAAGAGGAUGUUGAGGAAGGUGCCGACCGUUGGGGUCGCCCUCACGUGGCCUCGUUGUCGUUCCAUUCUUUGCUAAAUCUUCGACGUUGUCUCGAAACCGGCGUAGUGUUGAUGGAUUUGGAUGAAAAGGAUCUUCCUUCGGUCGCGUAUCGGAUUGUGGAACAGAUGGUUAUAGACGAACUAAUCCAUGAAGAUGACAAACCGGUGAUCAUGCGUGCUCUUCUACUUCGACAUCGACACGUCAACGAACACUCCCACGGUGGGUUCCAUUUCGGUCCGAAACGGAAAUAUAGCAGUUACAGCAGCCUACAGUCGCUGACCCAACCGGUGGAGAGUAACAACGGUGAGGUAAUAGUCGGAGUACGAAGGCUCAACUCGGUGAUAAGUCCUACACAAAGCUAUACCCUUAGCCCACCCUCGCUAAAUCCCGAUAGUAGUCCCGCCGCGGCAUCCAAACAGGACCACCAGCAGUUCCACCGACGAAGGCUUUCCAGCAAAGGAAGCUUCACCGGCGGAAGUCGCCGUCAUUUUUUUCAGCAACAAUCUUCACAAAAACAUGCCCGCAAAAAACGAGCCGGAAGCUAUGACAGCGGGCAACCGGCGCCCGUGGCCACCGUCACCAGUGCCGCCGGAAUGCGUCGGAACAACACAUCCCUGACGCUGACAACUAGUGUCGACGACAAGAAGGUUCGCACGGCACCAUCCAGUGACGUAAACGGCCACGGUCAUGGCGGUGAAACGAAAAUCAGUAUGCAAGAGGAAACGUACACUUCGUCGCAGGAGGACAUCAAAAUGCGCACACAGAAAGAAUCCAUCCUCAAGCGAAUUCCGGAAGGAGCGGAAGCGACAACGGUGCUAGUAGGCGCAGUGGAGUUUCUCGAACAACCGACGAUUGCUUUCGUCCGAUUAGCCGAAGGUAUUCCAAUGCCAAGCAUCACGGAGGUACCGAUUCCGGUACGUUUUUUGUUCAUUUUACUGGGACCACAGAAAGCGGAAUUGGAUUACCAUGAAGUAGGUCGAUCGAUUGCCACCCUGAUGUCGAACGAGCAUUUCCACAGUAUUGCCUAUAAAGCAGACGAUCGGAAAGAUUUACUCUCAGCAAUCAAUGAGUUUCUGGAUGACUCGAUCGUGUUGCCCCCUGGAAAGUGGGAACGGCAGUCGCUGCUGCCGUUCGAUGAGUUGAAGGCAAAAAGUGAUAUGAUCCGUAACAGAAAGAAAAAAGCAAUCACCGAGAGGAUCAAGAGUCAACAGGUCACACUGACUAGCGAGGAAGAGAAGAAGUUGCUAGCCGCCGCCGAUGAAGGUGAGGGCAAGAAACCUACGAAGAACCCGUUGGAGAAAACUAAUCGUCCGUGGGGUGGUCUGUUCAAUGAUCUAAAACGAAGAUACCCGAUGUACAUGAGUGACAUUACGGAUGGUUUGAACACAGAAACUCUCGCAGCAACUUUGUUCAUGUACUUCGCUGCACUUUCCACGGCCAUCACGUUCGGUGGUUUAUCGUCGGAUAAAACCCACAAUCUAAUCGGUAUAUCAGAAACAUUGGUUUCUGCGUCAAUAGUCGGAGUAGUGUUCCACGCGCUGUGUUGUCAACCUUUGGUUAUUAUUGGAACUACCGGUCCUUUGCUUUUGUUCGAUGAGGCCUUGAAUCAAUUCUGCAUUGCUAACAACUACAGUUUCCUAACUGUACGAGUUUAUGUAGGAAUUUGGUUAGCCAUCAUUGCACUGCUGGUAUCCGCCUUCGAGGGAAGCGUCUAUGUACGGCUUUUUACGAGGUUCACCCAAGAAAUUUUCUCUGCACUGAUCACACUGAUCUACCUGGUAGAAACGUUAAUGAAACUCAUCUACGUAUACAGAAGAAAUCCACUUUAUGCCGAAUAUCGCUACCAGAAUAUGACAGUCAUCCCACAGCCGUUGCUGGAAACCGAAUCGAACUCAACAAUCGACCCGUCCGUCAGUAUACUAGCAGAAAGUCUAACAGCGAUCGUCAACACUACAAUGGCAGCAAUACCUGAGCUGAAGGAUAACUUAUUGAUCCCAUCCGAUAGUUUUGGACCGAAAAACCAACCGAACACUGCACUUUUCUGCACAAUUCUUACACUGGGAACCUUUUCGUUGGCUUAUUAUUUACGGCUCUUCAGAAAUUCACACUUCUUAGGACGAAACGCUCGGCGUGCUCUUGGUGAUUUCGGAGUACCGAUCUCGAUUGCUCUCUUCGUUCUCGUGGAUUUCAUGAUUCCUCAGGUGUUCACCGAGAAGCUCAGUGUACCGGAAGGGCUUUCGCCAAGUGACGCCACCCGCCGCGGAUGGUUGAUUCCCCUAGGAGGUGUUCCCGGCUGGAUGCCGUUCGCGGCCGGCGUCCCAGCCAUGUUGGUGUACAUUCUGAUAUUCAUGGAAACACACAUCUCCGAACUAAUCGUCGAUAAACCCGAACGGGGACUGAAAAAAGGAUCGGGACUGCACGUGGAUAUUGUUUUGCUAUGUUUCCUGAAUACGAUGUGCGGAUUUUUCGGCAUGCCGUGGCACUGUGCAGCAACCGUACGGUCGGUUACGCACGUUUCCGCUGUGACGAUCAUGUCGAGAACUCAUGCACCCGGUGAAUCUCCACACAUCAUCGACGUCAAAGAGCAACGUAUCUCGGGAUUCGUCGUUUCACUGAUGGUCGGCUUGUCGGUCACAAUGGCGCCAAUCCUUCGGCUCAUCCCGAUGUCUGUACUCUUCGGUGUAUUCCUCUACAUGGGAAUUGCAUCGAUGAGUGGCGUGCAGUUCUUCGAUAGGUUGCGAUUGUUCCUUAUGCCGGUCAAGCACCACCCGCAGGUGCCGUUCGUUCGACGAGUACCGACCUGGAAGAUGCACAUAUUUACGACGGUUCAGGUUCUUGCCUUGGCUAUGCUGUGGGCCGUAAAAUCAUCGUCCUACUCGUUGGCUUUCCCAUUCUUUUUGAUUCUGAUGGUUCCGAUCCGGAAGCAAUUGGACAGACUUUACAGCCCGCUGGAGCUACGAGCGCUCGAUGGAAGUCAACCCAACGAAGGAGCAGAAGACGAACCGGAUUUUUACGAACAAGCACCAAUCCCAGCCUAAACCCACGGCUGCAACUACUGAACCCGAUGGAAAAAUUCGAUUUCAAAUCAACUUUUGUUAUACUAGCUUGUUUGAACUGGCAGUUGGUUACGCUAGGAAAAAAGUCUAACAGGAAAGAAAAAAUAGUACAUGAUUUCACUUAUUUACAUCCUGCCACGGUAGGUUUAAUGAAAAAGUACUAUUCGUCGAUGCAUUAUUAUAUUGUUAACACAGCAACUCGAUGGGACGAAACUUCUAUGAAGUGCAUUAAUGUUUUUUUGUUAACUGUUUGAUAGGUACACACAAACAAAAAUGAAUUGAUAACCCUUAAGAGUCUAUAUAUUUUUCUAAGUAUAAAUUUUAAUUCAUAUAACAAACUUGUGUGUAGCACAUUAAAAGUUUGUAUAAAUCGGUAGAAUAUCUUUAGUGAAAAUUAUAUUCGUAUUAAACAAUUCUUUAGGUAAAAUUCGAAACAUUCGUCAAAAUCAAAUCAAAUUAGGGCACAUAUACUAUCCUAUUGAACCUUUUACCUUUUCAAACGAAUUAGAGCUUUCCUUUUUAUGAAGUUGUAAGAUUAUCGCGCAAUAUAAGCAUUACAAACUACAAUAAAUGCAAACUGAAUGGAAGAAUAUCUGAAGGAGUGUGCAACUAUCUGUGAUCAGUAUUACUUACAAGUUUAAAGAGUGACAUACCUAAUGCCAACACCCUUAGUACCCAGAUCAACCCACUUCGAGCGGAACAAUAUGAACAGGAAUGCAAAUUUGUUUCUACACGAUGUACUGACAGUAAAAAUCAGGAAAUGCUUCAAACAGAACUUAACCAUCGGCAAGGAAACCAGAGAGAAUAUAUUUUAUGAUGUUUAUGGUAGUGCAAUUAGCUGAAGUGGAUAGUUACAGAAAAUGACACACUGAACGAAAGUUAUUGUAAAGUUGUGGAUGCCAUAAAUGAAAUCAUUCGAUGGAAUGUUACAAAUGAUUGUCAGAUGAAAAUAUAUUUUUUUUUAUGAAAGUACAAGUAAAAAUCAAAAAAUGGUUAAUAUUUUGCGUAGCACACACCGAAAGAAAGGAAGAAUUAACGUAUAUUCCAGAAACUUAUAGAUUUUCACUUACACAUAUGAAUAGUAGAUAGUACUUCAUAGCUCCUUCAAACCGAAAACACAAAUUUAAUAGAAAUCAUACUACUUACAAUAGUGAUAGUAAGACUUGGUCGAGCAGAAAACUCUUCCAAUUAAAAAAAAACAAAAACAAUACUUAACAAUUGAUGAUACUUAAGAACGCUUAACUACUUAGAGAUUAUAGACAACUAUAAAAGAAAAGAAACACAAAAUAUAAUCUUCUAUUAGGACGAA